AUGUGUUUAUUUGAUAAAAUCCACUUCUUCUCUCCUCUUCGAAUUCAAAACCCCAAAACACCAAAACAAAAGGAAAGUCUACAGAGAAACAAAGAGACUUUUGAUUUUGAGAGAAUGGGAGAUUGCAGGCCAUUGGGUUUCUUGCUGGGAUUGCCUUUUGCAUUGGUGGCAUUGGUGUUAUCUCUUGUGGGUGCGGUUAUCUGGGUUAUUGGGACUGUGCUGAGUUGUUUGUGCCCGUGUUGCAUAUGUUUUGCUGGACUUGCGAAUAUGGCGAUGGGUAUUGUGAAGCUUCCUGUGAAAGUAAUUAGAUGGUUCAUUGAAAAGAUUCCUUGUUAGCACUAAUUCAUUCAUUCUGGUUUUUUUUUUUUCCCUUAAAUGGGUACUCAGACAUUCAUUGCUGGAUUAGUAUGUGUGUGUCUGUUUUGGUGGAGGGGGUGUUUUAGGCGAUACAAUAUUUGUUAUUCCCUGAUAUUUGGUCAAAUUUCAGAUGCCGUGUAAUUAGUUGUAUUUUUUUUUUUUUUUUUUUGGGUUGCUAAGCAGGAAAUUUUUGUAAAGAAGAAAAAAAAAAGUUAUUUGAUGGAGUAUAUUGGACUUCUUCUCCUUGA